AUGAGGGCGAUGGCCCCGGCUGCUGGAGCGCACGACGUGGGGAUGGCGCUGCGCAAGGCCGAGGAAGCCGCUGCGCGGAGGUGCGAGGCGGCGCGAUGGCUGCGUCAGAUGGAGCCCGCGGCGGCAGAGUCCCUGCCGGAGAGGGCGUCCGAGGAGGAGUUUUGCGCGGCACUGCGCAACGGCCUCGUCCUCUGCAAGGUUCUCAACCGCGUCAAUCCCGGUGCCGUCCCCAAGGUUGUGGAGAAUCCUGUCAUCACGGUUCAAACGUUCGAUGGGCCAGCACAGUCUGCAAUACAGUACUUCGAGAACAUGAGGAACUUCCUUGUUGCAGUUAGUGCGAUGAACCUGUUGACGUUUGAAACCUCUGAUAUAGAGAAGGGAGGUUCAUCAAUGAAAGUUGUCGACUGCAUACUCUGCCUCAAGGGAUACCACGAGUGGAAGAUCUCAGGUGGCAUUGGUAUAUGGCGGUAUGGUGGCAUCGUGAAAAUUGCAUCCUCAAGCAAAAGGCCUGCUUCACAUUUAAACAGAGGUGGAGGCUCAGACCAACAAAUGCUGGAAUUUGUGCAUCUUCUCUCUGAGGUCUCUCUAGAGGAAUCUAGAGUUGAAGAAGCUCAGCAUUCUCUUUUUCAGCGCUUUGUUCUUCAAGUUGUGCGAGCAUUCCUUCUGGAAUGGGGUGAAGCUGAAGAUUUGCCUCUAGAUGAUAUGGUCAUCGAAACAGUACUCGAGCAAGCUUGUAAAGAAUUUACCAUUUUGCUUGCUUCUCACAGAAAUCAGGUCAGGUCACUUCUAAGGAAGAUGAUGAAGGAUGACAAUGGAACUCUUUCUAAAAUGAAUUUGAUCCAAACUAUUUCAAAAUGCCUGAAGGAGAAUAGUGAGUGCAUGCUCUCUUCAUUGAGAUUACCUCGUGGCAGCCAUGAACACUUGGAUGAUGAGGGAUUACUUGAAAGCCAACAAGAAGAGCUGGAGAAAUUAAAGAUGUCCUUCAAUGAAAUGAAGCUUCAAGUUGAAUCGACUCGUGCUGACUGGGCGGAAGACUUGAGGAGGCUAGAAAGCUACUUUGAGGCUCGGAACCAUAAUGCUUACCGCAAGUUGCUUGAGGAAAAUCGUAAGCUGUAUAACCAAGUACAAGAUCUUAAAGGUAACAUUAGAGUUUACUGCAGAGUGAAACCUUUCCCAAAGACACAAUCUGAUCAAAGGUCUACUGUUGAUCAUAUUGGGGAAAACGGAGAAAUCCUGAUUGCGAAUCCUCAAAAGCAAGGGAAGGAUGGACGGAAAAUAUUCACAUUCAACAAAAUAUUUGGACCUAGUGCUUCACAAUCUGAAGUUUUUGCUGAUACCCAACCAAUGAUUAGAUCUGUCAUGGAUGGAUAUAAUGUAUGCAUAUUUGCAUAUGGUCAAACGGGAUCUGGGAAAACUUACACAAUGAGCGGUCCAGAUGUAACAGCAGAAGAAACCUGGGGUGUAAACUACCGGUCGUUGAAUGAUUUGUUUGAAAUUUCUCAAACAAGAGCAGAUUCCAUUACGUAUGAUGUUAAAGUUCAGAUGAUUGAAAUAUACAAUGAACAAGUGAGGGAUUUAUUAAUGACGGAUGAGAUACGCAAUAAUUCUCAUGUAAAUGGACUCAACAUCCCAGAUGCAAAUAUUGUGCCAGUCAAGUGCGCACAAGAUGUUUUGGAUCUGAUGAAAGUUGGCCAGAGAAACAGAGCAGUUGGGUCAACUGCUCUUAAUGAACGAAGUAGCCGCUCACACAGUGUGUUGACAGUUCAUGUACAAGGAAAGGAGGUAAUUUCGGGCUCAACUCUAAGAGGGUGCCUGCAUCUAGUGGAUCUCGCGGGAAGUGAGAGGGUAGACAAAUCUGAAGCGACUGGAGAAAGACUAAUUGAAGCCAAGCACAUAAACAAAUCGCUAUCAGCACUUGGUGAUGUUAUAUCUGCACUUGCCCAAAAGAGUUCUCAUGUUCCAUAUAGAAAUAGCAAGUUAACACAAGUGCUGCAGGAUGCCUUAGGUGGUCAGGCAAAAACAUUGAUGUUUGUGCAUGUGAACCCUGAAACAGACUCUUUUAGUGAAACAAUGAGCACUCUCAAAUUCGCUGAGCGUGUAGCUACAAUAGAACUUGGUGCCGCCCGUGCAAAUAAGGAAGCAGGCCAGGUCAAAGACCUAAAGGAAGAGAUUGCCAAGCUUAAAUUGGCAUUAGAUGAAAAGGAACAUGAAGUGGCACAGUUUAAAGAUAUUGCUAACCGUGUGACUUCUGAGAUGAGAAAUGCAAGAACAAGAUCACCUUUAACCACCAGCAUGUCCUUGAAACCUGAAGCUAGUCAAGAAUCCAGUGUAGACCCCUGUACAAGUGAGAUAAGAAGUUCAUCAUCUGGCAAGCAAAGAAGGUUCCGUUCACCAUUGUCAGUGAGAGAGCUAGAUGAUAAGUCACCUGUCAUCAGCAGGGAAUUGUACCUGAGUGCGCGAAAGUAUAAGACUCCAUCUCCUCCAGUUAGAAGUUCACUCUCUGCUGAGAGAGGCAGCUUUGCCAAAAUCGUGGAGAACACUGGAAGCAUCGACUGCACACCUAUAUCAAAGGUCGAAGUGCCUCCAAAAGUAUUGUCCAGCAACUCGAAGAACACACCUUCAUCUGUCCUGACAGCUCAGAGUCUGCGCAAAUUCCGGGACUCUGAAGAGAACAGAACCAAAAUUCCGCCUAUCCGGCAAAGCAUGGUGAAGAACAGGUCUGAGAGUACACCAAAGGCUCACAAUGAAGAGAAAUCGGCAAACAGACACUCGGGUACCAAACUGAAAUCAGAGAUCAGGAGCACGAGGGACUCGUCCGAAAUCGAAAACGAGUUUGCAGGCGAUGAACCCACUUUCCACUUCAACCGAAAGGCGAAGAAGUUACCCACACAGGUGACAAGACAGUCCCAGAACAUAGAUAUCAGUGUCAGGGCCUCUGUCCGGGAGAUGGAGCCUCUGACCGAAGGAAGGCAACGCCGGAACUGGAGCAAGCCGCCGUACGCCGAGAGGACCAAUAUGCCGUCGCCGGACAUCCGGCGCAGCGUCUCCCUGCCGCGCGGGAAGAACCUUGUUGCGUGA